GCCCCUUUGAGCUUCUCAUCUCAUCACUUAAGUUACUACCCCCACACCCCCCUCUCUCUCUCUCCCCUAUUCAUUGUGAAAACCCAAAGAGCAUCCUCACACUACCUUCAACAUAAAACUAACUUCAAAUUCUCCGGAGAAUGACGACAUACGGCACAAUCCCGACGUCAUCCGGAGGCGGAGGCACUAGGCUCGAGUACAUAACACGCGCUAAAGAGCGAAUCAAGGAAGGCCUCGGCACUCGACGCCCAUGGCGGGAGAUGUUCAACUUCCACUCAAUUCGACUUCCCCCGAGCUUCCGCGAUGCGCUGGCCCGAAUCAAAACGAACGUGUCGUAUUUCAGGAUGAACUACGCCAUUGUAGUGCUCGUGAUUCUCUUCCUCAGCUUGCUCUGGCACCCGAUCUCGCUAAUUGUGUUUAUAGUAAUGAUGGCGGCCUGGCUCUUCUUGUAUUUCCUUCGGGACGAGCCGCUGGUGAUUUUCGGCCGUUUGAUUAAUGAUCGGGUGGUGUUGAUCGUCUUGUCUGUGCUUACAAUCGUUCUGUUGCUGUUGACUCAUGCCACGGUCAAUAUUCUGGUGUCCUUGUUGAUUGGGGCUGUGCUGGUUGUGCUUCACGCGGCGUUGAGGAAGACCGAAGAUUUGACCGUGGAUGAGGAAGCCGCUGGUGGGCUCUUGGGCUCGUCCGGCGGCCCAAGCUCGUCUUAGUAGCAGAUGCUCCUAGUUGCGUUUGUGUAUGUUGUAAUGUUCCUUCCUUUAAUUAAUUACUGAAGUCCCCUCCAAAAAAAAAAGAAAAGAAAAGGAACGUCCCUUUAAUUAUGUUGUACUUAUUUCUGUAAUUUAUUUAUGAUUCUUGAAUCAUUUGUUUCAUGUCAAAUUGUUAUUUGUUCGAU